AUGAAACCGUCGGCUUCGUUGGAUAACUGGAGGGAGUAUUUCCGGCGAGGAGAUUCUGAUAUUUUUGGUAUCAUUGAUCAUGCGAUCAUGGUUGCUGCAGCAGAUUGGCCAAAUGAGUUCAAAUCAAGGAGAAGCAGAAUCGCUGAGCUUAUCUUCUCUUGUAAAGUGAGCCGCUGCAUCGGAUGUGACCACCUCGAGCUGUCGAUAGCCGGAGAAGAAGAAGAGGCUAACCAUGGCUGUAAGAAGACGGUGGAGAUAGCUGAAGAAGAUGAGAAGGAAUUGAACAAGAGUCAGACUUACAGAGAAGCUUCUGUGAUUGUUGUUGAUGAGGUUAUGAGGAUCAAAGAUAUCUUGUUGAACAAAGAAGAGGUUGCUUGA